AAAAAACCAGCCUGAGGACUGUUACUUCACUGCUGUUCCCUUCUAGCAGCAGGCUCCAUCCAGGCAGGAAGAUUCCUUCUCUGCUCUCCUCCAAGUUCUGUUAAAAUGAGGAUCAAGCUACUUCACCUGCCCAAAGGACUGGAUGAUUUCUGAAACCCCUUUAUUAUAGGAUCUAAUGUGAUGAUACGGUGACAAAGCCUUGAGCUGCGCCACCAUGCGGCAGAAGGCGGUAUCGCUGUUCCUGUGCUACCUGCUACUCUACACCUGCGGCUGCUGCGGGGAGGAAGACGGAAAAAGACGCUCAGAGGAAAACAGCGACUCGAGCUUCUGGGGCAUGGUGACCUACAUGGCCAUCGGAGGCGGACUCAUGGCCGCGGCACUGCCCGUGCUGGGCUUCGCGAGCACCGGCAUCGCCGCCAACUCGGUGGCCUCCUCAUUGAUGAGCUGGUCGGCCGUGGCGAACGGAGGCGGAGUGCCGGCCGGGGGGCUGGUGGCCACGCUGCAGAGCCUGGGCGCCAGCGGUGGCAGUGCCCUCAUGGCCAAGAUCGGGGCCUUUCUGGGCUAUACUGUCCACAAGCAAGUCGAAAGCAGACAGAGAAGAGAAGAGAAAGAAAAAGAGUAAGCAGAGAGAAAGGAGAAGUAGCCAGCAGCUCCCUGGAAGCCCCGCCUUCCUCCUUGUCUUCCUCUUCCAGCUGCAGUCCAGAGCUUCCUCUGUCACACUUGGCAAUGACUGAGGUAAAAAAAAAAAAAAAAAAAAAAAAAAAACAAAACACAUACACACAGAAUAAACGUCUCUCAGAAAACACUCA